GCGAGUGGUACCAGCAGUAUCAGGAAACGGGGUCGAUACGCUCCCAGUCGGUGCGCUCGGAGGCGCGGUAGAACAUGCAGGAGGUGCAACGACGAAAUGAUGUAUGAGGGGUCGAUGGACGACAUGAUGGUUGCAAGCGCCUGUCUUGCCCGUUGUGGUGGAUGGAGUUGCGCACAGGAUGACUCCAGAUUCGACAGUCUACGUCGACAAAAGCGCGUUUCGGUAGAUCUGUUCAGCCCUCCGUCUUCAGCACAGCACGACGACUUGCGCGAACGGUGGAGAAGGAGCAUUUCGCAUUUCUGGUUCCAGCUCGGCGUUUACGUUAUCCUUGGAGUUUCUGCAUGGGUUGUUCCUGUCCUAUUUUGCGAAGAUACCCCUCUACCCUGGUGGCUGGGCUCUGCUUUUGCGCUUGCUCUGCGGUCGUACUUUACAGCGUUCGCGUUCUCGUUUCGGAUCCUAGCGUAAUAUUUCAAAUCAAGCUAUUCCUCUCUCCUCCACUCUGCAGCUUUU